UGAGUGUGUUUGGGUGUGUGUGGAGAGAAAGAGAGAGAGAGAGAGAGAGAGAGCGCACUCCAGGUUGGCGCAGGCACCGGUCCGGGAGAACGGAGUGUUGUGCACGGCGGCAGCAUGGCUUCGUCUCACGGGAGAAGCGACAUGCGGUUUGCAGACUGGAUGGCAAGUUUACCGCAGAGCAUGCACACUAUUCCGCUCACCAACCUGGCUAUUCCCGGUUCCCAUGAUUCGUUCAGUUUCUACAUCGACGAGGCGUCUCCGGUGGGCCCCGAGCAGCCGGAGACGGUGCAGAACUUCGUGUCUGUUUUCGGCACGGUGGCCAAGAAGCUAAUGAGGAAGUGGUUAGCUACACAGACUAUGAACUUCACCAGCCAACUGGAGGCUGGGAUCCGUUUCUUUGACCUGCGCAUCUCUACCAAGCCCCGCGACCCCGACAACGAGCUGUUCUUCGCCCACGGGCUCUUCAGUGCCACGGUCAGAGAAGGUCUAGAGCAGAUCAGCACUUUCCUGUCAGCUCAUGCCAGAGAGGUUGUGUUCCUGGACUUCAACCACUUCUACGGCGUGCAGAACCUGCACCAUGAAAAACUGGUGGCCAUGUUGAAAGAGGUGUUUGGGGACAAACUCUGCCCAGUCGUCUUUGCUCAGGAGGUGACUCUGCAGUAUCUGUGGGAGAAGGAGUACCAGGUGCUCGUCUUCUAUCACCACCCCAUGGCCCUGGAGGUGCCCUUCCUGUGGCCAGGCCAGAUGAUGCCCUCUCCCUGGGCCAACACCACUGAUCCAGAGAAGCUUGUGCAGUUUCUCCAGGCGUCUGUCACCGAUCGAAGGAGGAAGGGGACCUUCUUUGUCUCCCAGGUGGUCCUGACACCAAAGGCCAGCACUGUGAUGAAGGGCGUGGCCAGCGGACUGAGAGAGACAAUCACAGAAAGGGCCUUACCAGGCAUGAUGCAGUGGAUCAGAUCGCAGAGACCCGGGGAGAGUGGCAUCAACAUUAUCACAGCUGACUUUGUGGAGCUGGGAGAAUUCAUCAGCGCCGUCAUCACCCUCAACUAUCACCUGGACGACGAUGAAGAUGACGCCACCUGAGAGCCUGCAAGGGGCGUCAGGGAGCACAGUCACCACCACCGCCACCGCUAGGGGCUUGGUCUGUGCUCUCACUCUUUUCUCUUUGGCAUUUAUUUCAGGAGGGGAGCUGCACUGCUCCUUUCACUUUAUUUAGGGCUAUAGUGAAUUGAGAGCUCAAAUGGGGGAGAAAAGGUGUUGAGGUAAGAGUUGGGAGACACAACAGAGUGUUUAGUUGGAGCACGAAGAGAAUGAGGUUUUGUUUUGUUUCCUGUUUUGGGGAUCAAAAUAGUUUUUCAAGUGUUUGUUUUCUUUACUUCCUGUGCUGUAAAAAAAGCUUUUUCCACUGAUCAAUGCACUGUUUUCAGGCUUACCACUUCACGGGGGGUCGAUUCCUCACAGCAUAUCAACUUUCUGCUAAACGUAUCCGUACAUCAUUUUUUGGUAUUCUAGUGACAGUUUUUUCAAAGGUUGUUUUAAUUAAAAUAAGUCUGUGUAUCUUAAACCACUCAAAUUGUAGGCUGGUGUGAAGUAGCUUGCCGUUGUUUGUCCAAAUCUGUCCAAGAGAUUUUUUUUUUCUGACAAUAUGCACCCCUGGUCAGAUCACUGCGGGUGUUCCUGAAACAUGCCUCGAGCAGAAUGUGUUUAAAAAGUGUUAUUACAAUGUGUUUACUCAAUACAAAUGAACCAUCCCCCAUAUGUUUCCUCAGCAGUAAUCUCUUACGGGGCUUUCUCCCAGUAAUAAUCUCCUUUGUGUAUCGAUAUGUCAUCGAUUCACUCUUCAAAACCACCGAGAAAUAGGCAGCGAGAGUGCGGCCUGGCUAGCCGAGAAAAACACCAAUCACGCCAUUUAUCUUUGCAUCUAAACGAGAAAACUUUAACAAUGUCUGUGUGUUUCAAAUUUCCAGACAAGCAUCUGCUGACAAAAAAAAAAAAAAUCUGUAAGAAAACCAGAAAAGCAAUCAACGCUACAAGUCAUUUCUAAUGGUUAGAAAUCCAACGUGACAAUUUUAUUGGAUUUUGUGGUGGGUGCUGAGUCGUGAUAGCCAAGUAUAAAAAUACAGUACAUCUGGGUACGAGUGUAUCCUCUGUCUGUGUGUGCGCCUAUACUCACUGCUGUAGUGCAGUAUAUAUGAGUCAUCAUGAGAUGUAUCACGGUGUUGUGUCUUUCAUAAUAACAGGUGAUCAAGUUGCUUAACACUCACUCAGAGGCCCAUUUUAUUUCAAGUCAGAAAAGGCUCAACAUCAUAAUUCGGAGUCAGGAGGUCUCGAUGUAACAGCAGUGCUUUGACACUUGGAAAAUAAUACAAUAAGUGUUUAGUUUAAUAUCUAGCUGUGACUCUUUGGUGUCUACCUUACUAGGUGUUUCAUGUUCCUGAAUGUUACUGACCCCCUGGAUUUCUGCUGUAUCAUUUAGCACACUUUCAUUUUCCUCAUUUUAUACCCUGCAGUAUUUCAUUUUAAGAUGGAGAAGUACUCUGAAACAGUACCCAGGAUGAUAAUGGACAUAUUUUUAUCGCAAGUUUUUACACAUUAUGCAUGAAAACAAUCGCAUACAAGUCAAACAUCCACACACCUUCUGAUCAGUGUGGCAUUUUCUGCUGAGAAUGUAUUCUGUAAGGACAUUGUUGUCUAGUUUGGUAAUGUACAAACCAAAACGGGAAACUUCUUUGGAUUUGUGAAUGUAUGUGUCUUGUGAGUAACUGUGCCAUUUCUAAAAAAAAAAAUUGGGGAAAAAAAAAGUCUCAUGUGAUUGAGUGACUGAGUAUCAGCUAGGAAGUCAUUUUUGUAUCGUAUGCUUCAAUGUGGAACUGAGUUCAAGUUUUAGAGUUCAAACAGUACUUCUUUCACUUCAGUGUGGUUUCAUGUUCAAAUGUUUUAUAUCGUGGAAAGUUUGUACAUACUGAAAUUGCAAAUAGUAUACUGCCGAUGAAUUGUAAAUUAUUUAAACUAUUGCAAAGUAAUUUAAAAUAAUUUCUUAACUUAUAACUUAUCUGAGAUAUCAUACUGCUUCUUCUUUUCGUAUUUUCAGUUGUGUGCAUGAACCAGACACUUCUACAUGUUGUUAUUUACCAACAGGGUCCAUUAGGUUUGUGCAUCUUCUCGGUUAUUUGUUAUAUUGUUCUCAAGAGCAUGGGUGCAUCUCAGCUGGAAAUGUUUUGACCCUUUAAGACACACCUCCAAAUUCAUUUAUUUUAUACAUGUUGCACUGCUACAAUCCCAUACAGAUUAAGAAUGGAGCCACACAAACUAGCGGACUUGAAGAGGCUUGCAAAUUGUGUUGUAAGGACAUUUGUGUCUUCCCUGGUCCAAACUGUUGUCAUUGCCUUUCUGUUCUGGUGUGAAAAGAGUCCUUUGCUGUUGUAAAACUCCAACACUUUUGUUCAAAAGUGACUCUGUUCUAAGUGGAAACGGCAAAUCAAAUCAAAUAAAGCUUCUAUGCCUAAUGAG